GUUGAUGCUAUUGUCGCAAGGAAUUGUCGCGGUGAUUGACAGACAGAGAAGAAAACAUGAGGGCCGAGAAAGAGCUGCUCGCCUGCGGCAGGGAAAGGAGGGCUAUAGAAAUUCAAUUCCGAGAUACGCCAAGGGAUCAAAAUUGCAACGCCGCUAAUCUAAAACAUAAAGAGGAGAAAAAGGAAGUCUUCACUAAGGUAAUAAUUCGACGUCUGCCACCAAACCUUUCUAAAGAGCAACUUGAAGAACAGUUAAACCCAUUGUCUGCUUAUGAUUAUUUUGAAUUCUUCUCUGCAGAUCAGAGCCUUUAUCCACAUCUUUUCUCAAGAGCAUACAUCAAUUUUAAAAAUCCAGAAGACAUUGUUCUAUUCCGAGACCGUUUUGAUGGAUAUGUUUUUAUUGACAACAAAGGUCAGGAAUAUCCUGCCGUUGUAGAGUUUGCACCUUUUCAAAAAGUAUCCAAGAAGAAGCUAAAAAAGAAAGAUGCCAAGGCUGGAAGUAUUGAUGAAGAUCCUGAAUACAGAAAGUUCUUGGAAAGUUAUUGUGGAGAUGAUGAAAAAACUAUAGCAAAUCCUGAAACAUUGCUUGGAGAGAUUGAAGCAAAGACUAGAGAACUUAUUGCCAAAAGAACAACUCCUCUUCUAGAAUAUAUCAAAAAUAAGAAACUGGAAAAGCAACGAAUCAGAGAGGAAAAAAGAGAAGAAAGACGACGCAGAGAGCUUGAGAAAAAGCGAAUGAGAGAAGAAGAAAAGCGGAAACGCAGAGAGGAAGAAAGGCGUAAAAGGAAGGAAGCAGAGAAGCAGAAGAAACUGGCAGAAAAAGAAAUAAAGAUAAAGCUCCUCAAAAAAACUGACAAAGAUGAUGAACAGGAUUCAGAGAAGCUGGAUGAUAAAGGGGAAGUAGAACCCGAAAAGGGAAAAUGGGAUAAAACUUCAGUUUCUAAUAAUUUAAAAUGUAAACACAUGGACAGCAUAAAUAAAGAACAAAAAGAAAAAGGUCUGACUGAAAGUGACAAGGAGCAACGGGAGCAUGGACGGAGACUGAGAGAGAAAGACCCCGACAGGCAAAGAUGUCGUGACGAUGAGCAUAAAAGACAGAGGCACCACUAUGAGUUUGACAAAUUUAUGAGAAGAAAGGAAGAAACCAAAUGGGGAAAGGGGUUCUGCCAAGACAGGAUUAAGAAAGAUAUUUACACGAACUAUUCGUAUUGUGUGGACAUAAGUGAUAAAUUGGGGAAAGAUGAUCGCUGUGAUGAUUUAGCAUCCAAAAAGGAGCGAAUCCGUAAUAAGGACCGGCCAGCAAUGCAGUUGUAUCAACCAGGAGCUCGCAGUCGAACACGUUUGGGGUCUGGUGAUAAAAGUUAUGAGUGUUCUAACAAAUCUCCAGAUCACAUCUUUGAGAGAAAGUAUGAUGCAGCUGCAGGAACUGGAUCACAGAAAAGUGAAGAUGAGUAAUUCAUUGUGUUGUUUGAGUAUAAUGGCACCAUCAAUUGUUUUAUGACAGUUAAGAAAAUAUUUUAUUUUGAUAUAUGUUUAAUUUCAAUUGGGAAAUUAAAUAAAUGGUUUAAAUUAAUCAUACACUCAGUGACCACUUUAUUAACUUUUCAAUGCUCUUCCAAAACAUCUGAUUAUGUGCCUACAACUCAGUGUAUAUACUAUAUAGCACACAGACAGUCAGUCAGUCAUUUUCCAACCCGCUAUAUCCUAACACAGGGGUCUGCUGGAGCCAAUCCCAGCCAGCAAGGCAAGAACAAACCCAGGCAGGGUGCCAGCCCACCGAAGGGCACACACACACACCAGGGACAAUUUAAGAUCACCAAUGCACCUAACUUUCAUGUCUUUGGACUGUGGGAGGAAGCCAGAGCACCCAGAGGAAACCCACACAGACACGGGGAGAACAUGCAAACUCCACACAGGGAGGACCAGGGAAGCAAACCCAGGUCUCCUUACUGAGAGGCAGCAGUACUACCACUGCACCACCGCACAGCACACAGACAUGGUCAAGAAAUUUAGAUGUUUAGUGAAACAUUAGAAAGGACAGGACACAUGAUGAAACGGACUUUGCCUGUUUUAAGGUUGUUGAUGCCAAAUGUGUUGGCUGUGGCUUCUCAGAAGCAGUUGACCUACUGGGACUUUCAUGUACAACAAUCCCCGCAAUUUACAGAGAAUGCUAAGAUAAACAAAAUUAUUCAGUGAAUAGAAGUUGUAUAGGCAGAAACAUCUUGUUAAUAAGAGAGGUCAGAGGAGAAUGGCCAGGCUCAUUAAUGCUAACCGGUAGUCCUCAAAUACUCUGUUAACAGCUUUUAACAAAAAAGUAGUGUGUAGGCAGGUAUUAUUGUACUCAGUGUGUCAGAACAUGAAACACACGGGCUAUAGCAGUGUAAAAUUGCUGUGAGCUAAGAGCUGGAAGAUACAAUGGGAAUAUGAUCACCAAAACUGGGUGUCUGAACAUUGGAAAGGUGUCUCCUGGUUUUACAAAUUUUCAGCUGUUUCAGCUGCAUCAUGGGGAUUAAGAGGUCAACAUUUGACAUGAAGUGCAUGAAUCCUCGGUUCCGUCCUGCCUGAAUCAAUGGUAUAGGCUGGUGCAGACAAUGUAACAUUAUCUUUGUUUGGCAUACACUGGUCCUCUUAAUACCAGUUGAUGAUCAUUCGAAGGCAACAAUAAACCUAAGCAUUACUGUUGACCACAUGCACCCCUUUUUCAAAUUAGUACCUCAAGGAGGAUAAUGCAAAUGCAUCAAACAUGACAGUAAAUUCAGUUUACUGCAAGAUCUCAGUCUCAUAGGGCACCUUUGGAAUGAGGUGGAACAGGAAAUCUGCAGCAUAACUGUAUGGCUAAAAAUUUUGCAGGAACUGCACGAUGCUGUCAAAUCAGCAGGAUCCAAAGCUACAAUGGAAUAUUUCUAGCUCCUUGUUGAAUCCAUGUUUCAAAGAAAUCAAGCUGUUCUGGAGACAAGAGAAGGUCCUACCAGUUCUAGGUUGGUUUACUUAAUAAAGUGGCCACUGAAUGUUUAUACUCUGCUUUAAUUGGUACAUGUGAAACCACUGAAAAGUUUAUGAUCCCACAUGUAACUCUACCAGCAAAAUGAUUGUCUUCAAUGUUCAUUUUUGCCAAGAACACAUCACGCAACUAUGAAAUGCCAUUUUUACCUGCUUGUUGAUAUAUAUACUUCACCCCUUAAUGUACUGUGUGACCAUUGAUAAUCCAUUUUGUUGUUAUGGUAAAUAUUGUCAAACUAUAUUGCUUAAAAUAUAAAAAAUAAAUUUUGUGAGAAAAAAAAGUAAUUUCAGUUCC